CUGAACUGUGGCUGGAUAGUUGCUAAUUGUCUGAACCGGCUAAGCCUAUACCACGACCGAUUCGACGAUAGUUGCAGGAAUCCCGGAAAAUCGCGUCGCUACCAACCACCACCACCGCAGCUUUUGCGGAUGCGGCGAAGUGCAGCCAAUGAACGCGAACGUCGCCGGAUGAACACUUUAAACGUCGCCUACGAUAAGCUGCGCACUGUCCUGCCCGAAAUGGACUCUGGACGUCGCCUUUCCAAGUAUGAGACGCUACAAAUGGCUCAACAGUACAUCGCUUGUCUUAUGGAAAUUCUUGGAGAAGGUAAUGGGAAACAAACGAAUGAGAAAUAA